CCCAGAGGGUUCCACCCAUCCUGACACUACCCAGAGUCUCCCAGAAGCACCAAUGGAGAAGGAAGUCGACAGCAGCCAGGAUGGGGCCAAGACAGUGCCCAGCACCGGGCUGGGCACUGAGGGGACAGAGACACAGCUGGACGAUUUUGUGGGUACUCACCCUGACUACAAUGAGGAGGAGGAGGAGCAGAAGUACUUUCGCCGCAAGCGCCUCGGUGUCAUCAAGAACGUGGUGGCCGCCAGCCUGGCUGGCACCCUCACUUACAGCGUCUACUUGGGCCUGCUGCAGAUGCAGCUGAUCCUUCACUAUGACGAGACCUACCGGGAGGUGAAAUACAGCAACAUCCGGCUGGAGGACAUUGACCACAAGGUGCUGAUGGGCAUCAAUGUCACACCUGUGGCAGCACUGCUCUACACACCCAUCCUUAUCAGGUUCUUUGGCACCAAGUGGGCCAUGUUCCUGGCAGUCGGCAUCUACGCUCUCUUCGUCUCCAGCAACUACUGGGAGCGCUAUUAUACGCUGGUGCCCUCUGCAGUGGCCAUCGGCAUGGUCAUCGUGCCCCUCUGGGCCUCCAUGGGCACCUACAUCACACGGAUGGCCCAGAAGUACUAUGAGUACGUUAACUACAAGGAGGAGCAGGAGAAGGAGAGGCAGCGGGUGCCGCGGGAUGCCUGCAAUGCCUACAUCAUCGUCUUCCAGACCGUCUUCUACUCCUGCUUCCAUUUGAGCUUCGUCUGCGCUCAGAUGCCAAUGGUCUUCUUCCUCAACAACUACCUCUACCAACUCAACCACACGCUCUUCGCAGUGAAGCACUGUGGGACCCUGAGCCACGGCACGCUGCCCGGCUUCAACAAGACAGUGCUGCAGAGCCUUCCCCGCAGCGUCAACCUCAUCAUCGUGGAGAGCGUGUUGAUGGCCACCGCCUUCCUUGCCAUGCUGGUGGUGCUGGUGCUGUGUGGCGCGGCGUACCGGCCCAUGGAGGAGAUCGACAUGCGCAGCAUCGGCUGGGGCAACAUUUUCCAGCUGCCCUUCAAGCACAUGCGGGACUAUCGCCUGCGGCACCUCUUCCCAUUGUUCAUCUACAGCGGCUUCGAGGUGCUCUUUGUCUGCACUGGAUUUUCCCUGAACUACGGCGUGUGUGCCCUGGGGCUGGAGAGGUUGGCGUAUCUCCUCAUGGCCUACGGCUUCUCCGCCUCGGCGUGCUCCAGCCUGGCCCUGUGCAUGCUGUGCCUGCGCCGGCACAUCCCACUCCUGGCUGGAGCCUUCAUCCAUGCUGUACUCCUGGUGACACUCUUCUGCUGGGCACCAGAGCCCCGGUCCCUGGCGCAGGCGCCGCUGCUCUACAGCAUUGCCGUGCUCUGGGGCAUGGGCAGUGCCCUCAACAAGACCGGAAUCAGCAUCCUCCUGGGGAUGUUGUACAAGAAAAAGGAGCGCCAAGACUUCAUCUUCACCAUCUACCACUGGUGGCAGGCCCUGGCCAUCUUCACCGUCUACCUGUGGUCAGGGCUGCCCAUGAAGGCCAAGCUGUCCAUCAUGCUGCUGACACUGGUGGUGGCAGUGGGGACAUACCUGUGGAUGGAGCGGAAGGUGGUGCAGAAUGUGGAUGUCCGGCUGCCCCGCAUCCCGCGCCCACGCCAUAAAACACGUGGAUACCGCUACCUGGAGGACAACUCGGAUGAGACUGGCUCCGACGGUGACGGUGACGGUGACAAGGAGGAUAAUGACAGGCACCCAACUGAGGCCACCAGUGAGGACGAGCUGCCAAAAGAGGACGGGGAGCAGCUGGGAUAGAGACAGCCUGGCCUGAGCCCCAUCCUGCCCUUGGUACCUGAGGGGGUUCCACAGUACCCCCCGGGUGGGCCCAAAAUUCCGCAAAUCCCCUCAGGUCAGGCUUGCAGCCCCCCAAGCUAAGCCUAAAGCCCCUAGGCAGCCCAGAGCCCCUCACAUUGACUGACAGACCCCCAGACUCGCCCAUGGACCCCCCAGGUCAGGUCUGCACCCUCCAGAUUGACCUACUGCCCCCAAAUUGUGGUACAGAGACCCCCAGAUCGUGGUACAGCCCCUAGGCAGGCCCAUACCCUCCCAAAUUAUGAUGCAACUGCUCAGGUCAAACCUGCAGAUCCCCAGGCCCGCCCCAGAGC